GCGGGGGCGAGGUGGCGAGGCUCCUCGUGUCUUUCCCAAGCCGGGCUCCGCCAGAUCCCCGGGAGCCCCGCUGCUUUCAGGCUCCUUUGCUCGUAGCUGUGGGUCCCAUCAGGCCCGCCCUCCGGUCGUCGCUCCGGGACCCCCGUAGCCCCCUCGCCCUCUGCCCUCCAGGUCGCGGCCACAGACGCCCCCAGUCGCCUCGCAUCACCGCAGCCCUGCGCUUCCAGCUCUUCUAAGACACGAUGCCGUCAGGCUUCCAACAGAUCGGCUCUGAAGACGGAGAGCCCCCUCGGCAGCGGGUGACCGGGACCCUGGUCCUCGCCGUAUUCUCUGCUGUGCUUGGCUCCCUGCAGUUCGGCUAUAACAUUGGGGUCAUCAAUGCCCCACAGAAGGUGAUUGAACAGAGCUACAAUGAAACGUGGCUGGGGAGGCAGGGACCUGAGGGACCCGGCUCCAUCCCGCCAGGCACCCUCACCACCCUCUGGGCUCUCUCCGUGGCCAUCUUUUCUGUGGGCGGCAUGAUUUCCUCCUUCCUCAUUGGCAUCGUCUCUCAGUGGCUGGGAAGGAAAAGGGCGAUGCUGGUCAACAAUGCCCUUGCAGUUCUCGGGGGCGUCCUCAUGGGCCUCGCUAAGGCUGCUGCCUCUUACGAGAUGCUCAUUCUCGGACGGUUCCUCAUCGGCGCCUACUCAGGACUGACGUCAGGGCUGGUGCCCAUGUAUGUCGGGGAAAUUGCCCCUACUCACUUGCGGGGUGCCUUGGGGACGCUCAACCAGCUGGCCAUCGUCAUUGGCAUACUGAUCGCCCAGGUGUUGGGCCUGGAGUCCAUGCUGGGUACGGCCACCCUGUGGCCACUGCUCCUGGGCAUCACAGUGUUACCCGCCCUCCUGCAGCUGGCCCUGCUGCCCUUCUGCCCUGAGAGCCCCCGCUACCUCUACAUCAUCCGGAACCUGGAGGGGCCUGCCAGAAAGAGUCUGAAGCGCCUGACAGACUGGGCUGAUGUGUCUGAAGCGCUGGCAGAGCUGAAGGAUGAGAAGCGGAAGCUGGAGCGUGAGCGCCCACUGUCCCUGCUCCAGCUCCUGGGCAGCCGAACCCACCGGCAGCCCCUGAUCAUUGCGGUGGUGCUGCAGCUGAGCCAGCAGCUCUCGGGCAUCAACGCUGUUUUCUACUAUUCAACCAGCAUCUUCGAGACGGCAGGGGUAGGGCAGCCAGCCUAUGCCACCAUAGGAGCUGGUGUGGUGAACACAGUCUUCACGUUGGUCUCGGUGCUCCUGGUGGAGCGGGCUGGGCGUCGGACCCUCCAUCUCCUGGGCCUGGCAGGCAUGUGCGGCUGCGCCAUCUUGAUGACUGUGGCUCUGCUUCUGCUGGAGCGAGUUCCAGCCAUGAGCUAUGUCUCCAUCGUGGCCAUCUUCGGCUUUGUGGCAUUCUUUGAGAUCGGCCCCGGUCCCAUCCCCUGGUUCAUCGUGGCAGAGCUCUUCAGCCAGGGGCCUCGCCCGGCGGCCAUGGCUGUGGCUGGCUUCUCCAACUGGACGUGCAACUUCAUCAUUGGCAUGGGUUUCCAGUAUGUCGCGGACGCUAUGGGCCCAUACGUCUUCCUCCUAUUUGCCGUCCUCCUGCUGGGCUUCUUCAUCUUCACCUUCUUAAAAGUGCCUGAAACCCGAGGCCGGACAUUUGACCAGAUUUCAGCCGCCUUCCGCCGGACACCCUCUCUCUUAGAGCAGGAGGUGAAACCCAGCACGGAACUCGAGUAUUUAGGGCCAGAUGAGAAUGACUGAGGGGCCAGGCAGGGGUAGGAGAGCCUGGUUUCCCUACCCCCCGGGGAGACCCCCUCCUUUCCUCUGCAGCACUUUAACCCUCUCUUCCCCAUUCCUUCCAGGGUGGGGGACACCCCUGCAGCCUGGUAGAAUUGGGAAGCUGGAGGGAAGGGUGGUCCGAGCACCCCCUCAUUCCCCCGUGUGAUUCUCUUGGUUAUUUAUGUUGUGGUUAGGGUGGGCCAUUCUCCUCUCCCCUUUCCCUCCUUCCUCCCCAUCCAAACUCAAGCUCCAGAACGCUUUUGUCCCCUGCUAAAGGAGGGGAGCCCGGAGGGAGGAGAGGUUCUAGACUUUCAGUGGGACACGCAGAAGUGGAGCAGGAAGAGGAGCAGGGCUUGAAACAAGAAAACAAGUUUCCCACUGCCUUGGACCCUCCUUCUAUCGCUGAAUUCUCACCGCAGAGCCCUGGAUAAAGGAGGUUCUGUCUUGACCUCUCCAGAACAAAGGAUGCACACACACACCCCCAGCCUCACUCACCUCUCUCACCACAGACUUGGCCUUCCAGAGAGGGGACACAAAAGAUCAUGCCCACAUGUGAUGAGAGGAGGGGACGCAGGGCCCUGCCUCUAGACUUAGGGCCCGUCCUGUCCUGAUUGCUCACCAAGACUGCCAAGUGGGGGCCCCCGUGUUUGCUCCUUUUGUCAUCCUGGAAGGGUGCUGUCCCCACAGGCUUCUGACCAACUAAGGGAAAGGGACGUGAAAGCCUGCCUGUAAACACUGGGCUGGGAGGAGCCUUUGGGUAUUUUUGUAUAUGUUUGAAAAAGGGGUAGGGAGAAGAAACCAAAGGUCUGUUGUACUGAAUGUACGUACGUAUGUAUAGACAUAGGUGUGUCUAUAAAGUCACUGUAUGACGA